AUGUGCAAAUCUAAACUAAUGGCUUCGCUUUACACGAUAGUAGUUAUUUGUGAAUCAUUGAGUAAAAUAUAAAUCUAUAGAAAGAAUGAUUUGUCCCUAAUCAAAGAGAUAGUACUUCCACCAAAUUCUUCUUUUGUGACCAACUAGAUCAGUGAUAAUCAGAAUGAAGCAGGAGCUUUUCUCAUUUCAAGAAAUUAACAUAUAAUGGUUUUCUAUUAAGUGAAAAUUCCAUUAAUUGAUCCACAGAUAAAUACCUAAAAUUAAAACAAGCCUUCUAUCAAAAUAAUUUACCAAGUUUAUAUGCUAGACAUUAUUUUUAACAACGAUAUGAGCAUUAUGAAUCAUAAUCUAGAGAAACCUGAAUUGAUUUACUCCUCUGAGGCUAAUUUCUAGAUGAACAAGAUCUAUGAUAACUUUAUUAUCCGUUAGGAUCAGAAUGAUUCUCUAACAUUUUAUCAGCAUCAAGUUUGCUACUAUGAUUAGUAUAUGCUUAAAAAAUAAUGUUUAUAAUGUCCUCCUAAGAGUUACUCUUUGAGUUUUAAGGAUGAAACAUGCUAUUUUUGUGUUGCAAUCAAUACCUAUUACUUGCUCCCUGCAUAGAAAACUAGACUCAUUUUUCUGUGUGAUAAUUAUAUUAAACAUAUGUCAGAUAGGCACAACUUCUAUCUAGAUUCCUUUGAUGAUCAAUUACUCAUUCCAAUCAAUUCAGAAAACUAGACUAAUUUUACAGUCAUUAAUUAAGAGGGAUUAAAGAUAGAUGGAUGGGAGAUAGCUUUAAUAAUCACAGGGUGCUUGAUAACUUUGAUUAUCUCAACAUUUAUGCUCAUUCUUGUCCUUAAGAAAAAAAGAAAUCCAAAUACUGUGUAAAUAAUGGCUAGUAGUUAAAGUAUAAUAGAACCUCCUUAAUAAGAAAAUUUAAAUCCUGAAGAGCUUGUCAAAACAAAGAUUGAAUAGAUUGAAAAGCUAUCGAAUGAAAAGCUUUAUAAGGACAUUAAUGAAAUAGAUAAGACUCAAAAGCAUUCUUGUGUUAUCUGUUUAGAAGAAUUUAAAGACUAAAAUUUAGUCAGGACUACUUAGUGUCUGCAUUUAUUUCAUUCAAAAUGCUUUCAUAAAUGGAUUUCUAGUUAGUUAAGAGGGUAAUCUCGUCAAAAUUAAGAUUUGCUGUCAUAUUGUCCAACCUGCAAGCAUAAUCUCCUCGAGCAGAUUGAUAGACAAGUUCAAAAGACCUAGGAGCCAAUAAAUCCAUAAUUAAAUGAUGCUGCAGUUUAGUAUUAGAUAAAUUACGAGCAAAGAACAGAUUAAAAUUAAUAAUAAAAAAUGGUUCAAAUGAUAAACAACUAUGUCUUAGAAAGUUAAGUUUUUGACUAAGAUUAUGCAGCUGAUAUAAAUCGAAACCCUGAGUAAAUUGGAUUUGAUGAAAGUUUUGAUUAAUACCAUUAGUUAAACUAAUCAAAUAGACUGUAGCUUUUAGGAGAUAAAAGAGAAUAGAAUAAUCCUGAAUACGAUAUUUCAAGACAAUAAGGAUACAGAAAUAAUAAUUACAAAGACUAGACUAUUAAUCUUCAGAAUAUUUAAAUUUAAUCAGAUUUUGAAAAUAAUAAGUUAUGA